AUGUUAAGUGGGAACCACAUGCAACAUCUCCUAGAAAGCGUACUUACGAAAGGUCGCAAUCAACACGAUGACGUAUCACGACCCAGGGGUCCCAUAUUCCACACUUGGUUCAAGUAUCUACGCAAAUAGGAAGAAUCCCCCUUCGACCUCCUUUGGGAAACCUAAACAGCGCCAAGGUAAAGAGCCGCUAUUCAAGGACCCAGGGCCAGGACCCGGCGCGUACCAUCCGGAAGUGGGCAUUCCCCACCUCGCAGGCCGGGGGGUAACCCCCACCCACCACGCCAACACCAAGUGGGCUGCGGACACCACCGGGCGCACCAACCUGGGCCUACCGCCGCACAAGGACGUAGUACCCCCCGGCCCCGGGCUGUACCUGCGCUCCCGCAGCGCCGUCAACCUCACCGGCUGCCCGCAGCAGCUCACCUCCUGGCGCAACGCGGCGGCGGCGGGAUGGCAGAACUACAGCGCCAGGGAGUGCCAGACCCCCGUGAUCCUGUCCAAGGAGCACGAGCGCAUCCGGUACGGCACCCACUCGCCCGGCCCCAUGACUGCCGUACCGGAGCACUCGGUGGGCCGGCAGCUCACCUCGCAGCGCAUCACGCAGCCCAGGUGCGCCUUUGCCCGCUCGGCUCGCUUCUCAACUGCGGAGCUGCGCAUGUCUGGCGCGGUGCCGGGGCCGGGGGCCUACAACUACUGACACGUGUCAGCUUGUGGAGGGGCUCGGGUGUGAGUAAGGAAUUGCAACCAUUGCCCGACCCCCACAUCCUUGCGUCAGUGCCCCGCUGCCAACCCCAGCUGAGCGGCCGCACGGGGGAAGGGGC